AGUGAUGGAUGAGACAAAGGGACCCAGAAAUGGACAGAGACAGUGGGGAUGGGAGAGAACAAGCUUCAGGGGACUUGAGCCACGGGGAGGUCAAGGCUUGGUGUGGGAGCGGGUGAGCGGUGGCCCCAAAUAGAGCUGAUGGUCCCCCAUUGCCCCCCAGGAACCCCACUUAACCCCCUCUACCACAUUCGCAAUGCUGUGGCCAAUGUCAUCUGCUCCGUGGUCUUUGGGGAGCGAUAUGACCACAACGACCCAGAUUUCCGGGUCUUGCUGAACCUGCUGAAUGACAACUUCCAGAUCAUGAGUUCCCAGUGGGGCCAGAUGUACAACAUUUUCCCCUCCUUCCUGGACUGGAUCCCCGGGCCCCACCACCGCAUCUUCAGGAAUUUCCAGAAGUUACAGGCUUUCAUUUCCGAGGAGAUCAAGAAACACAAGGAGAGCAGACAGCCUGAGGAACCCCGAAACUUCAUUGACUUCUUCCUGGGCCAGAUGGAGAAGGAGAAGCAGGACCCCGGGAGCCACUUCUAUGAGGAGACCCUGGUGAUGACGACCCACAACCUCUUCUUUGGGGGGACGGAGACCACGAGCACCACCAUCCAUUACGGACUCCUGAUCCUGCUCAAGUACCCCAGCGUGGCAGAGAAGAUCCAGGAGGAGGUUGACAGCGUGGUGGGUCGGGAACGGCCCCCCUGCCUGCAAGACAGAGACCAUCUGCCCUACACGAAUGCUGUCAUCCACGAGAUCCAGCGUUUCAUCAGCGUGGUACCGAUGGGUCUUCCCCACGUCCUCACCCAAGACACCCACUUCCACGGCCACCUCCUACUCAAGGGUACCACCAUCAUUCCACUGCUGAUCUCGGCCCACCGGGACCAGGCCCACUUCAAGGACCCAGAAAACUUCAACCCCAACAACUUCCUGGAUGACGAGGGCAACUUCCAGAACAAUGAGGCCUUCAUGCCUUUUGCUCUAGGAAAGCGCAUCUGUCUCGGGGCAGGCCUGGCGCGGAUGGAAAUCUUCCUCUUCCUCACCACCAUCCUGCAGCGCUUCACCCUGCACUCUGUCAAGAGGCCCGAGGAGCUUGACCUCUCUCCCAAGUCCACAGGCCUGGGCAACGUGUCCCCGCCCUAUGAGCUCUACUUGAAAAUCCGCUGAGCCCCUAGCAAAAGGGACUCGUCAAACACAGCUGCCCCCCCCUCCCACCCAGGUCCUGUGUCCUGCGGCCAAUAAAACCCUAGAAUUUGGGCAAAGACAUUACUCAUGGAGGCUGGGGAGAGGGUGGGGGGAGAAGCGAAUGGCCAUGGAGAGAAGCUGCAGAAUACUGAGCAAGCUUUAGGCAGCAUCCACUGCACUCCCUCCCACAGCCGGGUCUCCAAAAGAAAUGACCCCCGGUGGUUCCUCUGGGGCCACCUCCAUUCAAGAGCCAAAUCCCAUAAGCCCCAACUGAUGUGCUUCCUAGUCAUCCACAGAAUGCAAUUAGCUCAGAGCAAAGACAAGUACUAUAGCACGGUGAGAAAAAGCACAUCCCCCCAUAAACUGGGGACCCCCUCUCUCCCAAACAAGCCAUCAGCAGAAGGAGCAGACGCGUGCAGGGACAACGAGGGAGAACACAUCUGGAGGGAACAUCUGGGGCAGCUGUGGAGAGACAUACACCUGGGGACCACAGGGACACGGUUAGCCAGGCUGCACACCCUCCAUUGCUAAGGGAACAAUGACAUCCUCUCUCAGUGCGAUCCCACGGCUUCUGAUGCUCCUGCUCCCUUCUGAGCCUUCCCAGCGGCCAUACCCACAUGGAGGCUCUGCCAUGGUUUUUUCUGGACCCCAGAACUGUGUGAGCUCUUCUCAAGGGAAAGGCCGAUUUCCCUCCUCGAGGCAAGCAUUCUCUCACUCCCAGGUCAUAGCCCUAGAAGCCAGGGUCCUUUGGAACACAGACCAGCCCAGACAGCUAAGAAGAGUUCCUGAGUAUUUCAGUCUGUCUCUGAACAGGCUUCUUCCUGCUGAACCAAAUCCAGGUCCCCAUUCCAGGCCUCUCUCUGACUCUGGUUUGGAAAAUUUCCUUUCCCUCCAAUCAGUCCCUGAUUCUCAGUCCCUCUGAGCCCAUUGCAGGGGGGGAUGCCUUCCAACAAACAUCAAACAUGGUUCUGAGGGA